AUGAAGCGCAGGGUGUUGAUGCUGUGCGGAGACUGCAUGGAAGAUCAGGAGGCCAUGGUCCCUUUUCAAGCGUUGCAGGCCUUUGGAGUUGCCGUCGAUGCCGUCUGUCCCGGAAAGAAAUCCGGCGACAUCUGCCGCACCGCCAUUCAUCAACUCUCUCCUUCUCACCAGACAUAUUCCCAAUCACGUGGUCAUAAUUUUACACUCAAUGCAACAUUCAAUGAUGUUGAAGCUGACAAUUAUGAUGGAUUAAUAAUCCCAGGAGGGCGGGCUCCUGAAUAUCUUGCUGUUGAUGCAUCAGUUGUAGAUUUGGUGAAAAAAUUUACAGACUCCACAAAGGCAAUUGCAGCUAUUUGCCAUGGCCAAUUGGUCCUAUCAGCUGCUGGCUCGGUUAAAGGUCGGAAGUGCACAGCUUAUCCUUCUUUGGGACCUGUACUUGUUGCUGCAGGUGCUAAAUGGGUGGAACCAGAGACCAUGGCUGCGUGUGUUGUUGAUGGUAACAUAAUCACAGGGGCUACAUAUAAAGGCCAUCCCGAGUUCAUUAGGGCUUUUGUGAAGGCACUAGGAGGCAACAUAAUUGGUUCAGAUAGAAGAGUCCUGUUUCUCUGUGGAGACUUCAUGGAAGAUUAUGAGGUAGCUGUGCCUUUUCAGUCGCUUCAAGCUCUAGGGUGCCAUGUUGAUGGAGCAUGCCCCAAGAAGAAAGCUGGUGAUAUGUGCGCAACUGCUGUCCAUGAUUUUGAAGGUGACCAAACCUACAGUGAGAAGCCAGGAUAUAAUUUCACUUUAACAGCUGAUUUUGAAGGUUUAGAUGCCUCCAGUUAUGAUGCUCUUGUGAUCCCUGGCGGUCGGGCUCCAGAAUAUUUGGCACUAGAUAAGAAUGUUAUUGAACUAGUGAAACAAAUUAUGGAAGCCAAGAAACCAGUUGCAUCGAUCUGCCAUGGGCAACAGAUUCUAGCUGCUGCUGGCGUUCUACAGGGAAGGAAUUGCACUGCAUACCCUGCGGUGAAGCUUAAUGUUAUUUUGUCAGGAGCAACAUGGCUUGAACCCAAUCCAAUACAUCGUUGCUUCACUGAUGGGAAUUUGGUGACUGGAGCGGCUUGGCCAGGCCACCCGGAGUUCAUCUCGCAAUUGAUGGCAUUGCUGGAUGUUGGAGUAUCAUUUUAGUUGCUAUUACCAGGUCAUCCUUUACGUGUAAAAUGUACCUUUACUACUGCAUCAAAGAGUAAUAACAUGUAUGAGACAAAGGGAAGAUGAUACUGGGUUGUAAUUUAUACAUGACACGAACCAUGCACCUUUGCUUGGGGAAUGGAAACUCACCAUGUUUUUAAGUUCUUUCAAAUAAAUUGAUGGAACUUUUGUUUAAUCA